AUGGUCCAAGAAGCUAAAAAUGGAACUAUUGAUAGAGCGUGCUUGAUGUAUUGUAGAUAUGAACGAUUUUUCCAAAGAUUUAUUCCAAAGACUGAUUUUGUUUAUGACGGUGAACUAUCUUCAAAAAAUGCCUGGAUAUAUGGUCCAUCUGCCACGGGAAAGUCUCGUCUUGUCAGAGAGUAUGCAAAGUCUAGAGGUUAUAGAAUUUAUGAGAAACUUUCCAACAAAUGGUGGGAUAAUUAUGAUGGAGAGGAGAUAGUCCUUAUUGAAGACUUGGACCCUCAAGUCUGUAAACUCCUCGUCCAUCAUAUUAAGCUUUGGGCUGACAGAUACCCUUUUAGAGCUGAAAUAAAAGGGGGUUCUGUCAGAUUAGAGCCAAGGUUUCAAUUUAUUGUAACCUCUAAUUAUUCCUUGGCUGAGUGCUUUGAAGGACCUGAUGGUGCUGCUAUUGCCAGAAGGUUUGAUGAGUGGGAGAUGAUGUCUGAAGAAGAUUCUCUCUCCUUCACUUGGAAGAGUGUGACUCUUGACUAG